CUCCUAUGGACGGCACUACUGCAACAGGGCUACGUUUCACAACUGAGCGGCCAAUGCCAUCUGACGGAAUAGGUUCGCUGAUGUCUAACACUGUACAAAGGAUGUCAAGUUUUCCAAGAUCAUUUGCAAGUCAUUUGAGGCCAGGAUAUAGACCUACUCCAACUUCUUCUUCUGAUGGAAAUGGUAUGAUCAGUUUGCCUCUGCUUCAAACAAUCAAAAUACUAUGUGAUUUGGCAAAUUUCUUCAUGAUCUUAAUCUUGAUGGUCCAAAUUUGUGAAUCACAGGCUCUCUGGUGUCGGAUGGAGGGUCUAGGUAUUCAUGAUCAGUGCUACCUUCAUUUUAUGUUGGAGAUGACCUUGGAGGAGCAGCGGAAAGCAAUACUCGAGCUAAAGACCGAGAAGAGAAAACUAUUGCCUCUGCAUUUCUUGCACAUCUAGUAGACUAUGUUGGAUCUAAAGAAAAUUCAGUGUACAAAUGC